GUUUACACUAGCUCGUGAAAAAGAAAUUGGAUAUUGGAUAUUGGAUUGGUUGGCGCGUUCCCGAUGAUGAUUCGUUUGGCGUUAAACAACCUUGUAAAAAGUUACUCGAAAACUGUUCCAAGCAUUUACGUUAACCAGCGUGUGAAUCAUUCGACUAAUCCUCAGUAUGAGAAUGCAACUGAGCCUUACGAGGUGUUUUUGUCACGUUUUGUCGAAGCAUUUGAUAAUCCUAAAAUUGACAGUUGGUGGGCUAGAAAAUGGAUGCAGAAUCUCCAUCUAGAAGAUGCUGUUCCUCCCCCAGAGGUAGUAAUUAGCGGUCUUAAGGCUUGUAGACGCCUCAACGACAUCGCCCUAGCUAUUAGGUUUAUUGAAUCGGUGAAGUUUAAGUGCCAAGUUUGCAAAGGUGCUUGGGAAUGGCUUCAAAAAGAGAUAGAACCCACUAUGAAACAGCUUGGUUUGCCAACCUUAGAACAACUUGGAUAUGAUAAACCUGAGUUGGCUGUAAUUGAUUAUGACGACUAAAAACAUUGUAUGGUCUAGAAAAAAUAUAUGUUGUUCUGUUAGAAGCUUUAUCCCUCCAUCAUGUGUUUCAGCUUUUGUUGUUCCAGUAUGGUUAGUUUUUGACAACAUACAGUAUGUAAUGUGUUUUAGCUUCCGCUGAACAAAUACACUUCUAAUCUUAAGUAGUUGUUUUUCUAGCUGAUCAUUUUUAUAUCUCCAUGUAUCCUUUCACUACUCUCCUGUAUACUGUAAGAGUAACAUGGCAGUGAAUUAAUCGGUAAACCUUCUCAAAAUAUGUUUUUGAUUCAAAAUAUAUCCAUCCUGUU